AUGCCUUUGUUACUUGCUCGUGUGGAAGCUCAUUCUGUGUCUCUGGGUUUUCGGUGGAACCCUCUGAAAUCUGUCGUCCUCAAUGCUGGUGUUGGUGGUGGUGCUACUGGUGUCUCUCCUGGUCUUGGUGCUGGUGUUUCUCUGUCUCUCUAUGGUCAAGCUAUACCUACUGCUCACUCUUUUACCUACCUUGGUUUGCCGUUCAAUGUGAAGGGUAGCUUGGACACCGAUCUCUUAUUGACUAGAAAUAGUCAAUCAGCGUUAGGUGCUAUGCGUGGUUUGCAAUCUCUUGGCCUUCAUUCUGCUGGUUUCUCCAAGCUCCUAUCUGCUAAACUGUAUGCGGCCUUUAUUCGGCCCAAACUUGAGUUUGGUCUGUCUAUUUCCUGGUUCUUGAAACGUCAUUUAAAGCUUUUGGAAAAAGCUCAAAAUCAGUGUCUUCGUCUGGCCUUUGGUGGCCAUCGUACCUCUUCCGUCGUGGUUUUUCGACAUUUAACCAAUCUUCCAACUAUGGAGGAACGUGUUGAUAUUCUGACUAGUAAAAUGCUCUGGCGGGUGCAUACGCAAUUGCCUGGUGGUACUCUCCUUAUGGUUCUGGCUCCCUCUCUUGUGUCCUUCAAGCAUCGUUUGAACAAGUUGGCCGUCAAAAAUCCAAUCUGGAAUCCUACUUUUGCUGGUGGUGGUGCUGAUAAUUCUCUUGCUUUGGAUCGUCGUGGUCUUGCUGACAAGAUCAAGGUGUAUCGUCUUGAUUCCCUCCAACGUCGGUUACAUCCUGCUCCUCCGGUUUCUCCUCCUGUUCUCCUCUCUGCUUGUCGUCCUUCACUCAUGGUUGAUCCCAUCCUGUAUCUUCCAAUGUCUGUGUUUGACCGUAGUCGUAUUCUCCGUUGGCGCAUGGGAUGGCUACCUGCUAGGCCAGUUCGAUGUCGCUGUGGUGCUCCUCACGCUAGCCGCAACCAUCUGCUAGAGUGUCUUGGUGUUGCUUCAAAGCUUUUGUUUACUGAUGAUCCUCUUGUGUUUAGGAUAUAG